GUGUUUUAAAAAUUACUGAAUAAAUUGGUCAAAAACAUUUGGAGUUCAUUUGAGUUGCAUUUUACAUUCCGUCUUUGCAUUCUAGUUCCAACUCCACACACACACAACAACAACACACACACAUAUUAUUUAUAUCUAUAAUAAUUUGUUUUAGAUAAAUGUUUAAAAUACAUACUUUCCCAAUCAUUUUUGGAAUUUAGAUUCUCGGGAAAAUGGAAAUAAAUCUCAGAAAUAAAAAAAUCAUGAAAAAAUUCCGAUUUCUGGUAUCUUGCUGAAAAGUUGUUCAAAAUCGAGAUCUCAGAGAAAGAAAGAUGCCGGGGCAUGGGGAUUUGGAUAGGCAGAUAGAGCAAUUGAUGGAGUGCAAGCCGCUGUCGGAGGCGGAGGUGAAGAUUUUGUGCGAUCAGGCGCGGGCGAUUUUGGUUGAGGAAUGGAAUGUGCAGCCGGUGAAAUGUCCCGUUACUGUGUGCGGUGAUAUCCACGGCCAGUUCUACGAUCUGAUCGAGCUUUUCCGGAUUGGAGGCAAUGCUCCAGAUACAAAUUACCUCUUCAUGGGAGACUAUGUUGAUCGCGGAUACUACUCAGUUGAAACUGUCACACUUCUAGUGGCUCUGAAAGUCCGUUACAGAGAUAGAAUCACAAUUCUGAGGGGCAACCAUGAAAGUCGACAGAUCACUCAAGUGUAUGGGUUCUAUGAUGAAUGCUUGAGGAAGUAUGGCAAUGCCAAUGUGUGGAAGUUUUUCACUGACCUUUUUGAUUAUUUGCCCUUGACAGCUCUUAUUGAGAGUCAGAUCUUCUGUUUGCAUGGGGGUCUCUCUCCUUCACUCGACACCUUAGACAAUAUCCGAGCUUUAGAUCGCAUACAAGAGGUCCCACACGAAGGACCAAUGUGUGAUCUCUUGUGGUCUGAUCCCGACGACCGCUGCGGUUGGGGCAUAUCACCCCGUGGGGCUGGCUACACCUUUGGACAGGAUAUAGCUUCUCAGUUCAACCACACCAACGGCCUCACUCUAAUCUCAAGAGCACAUCAGCUUGUGAUGGAGGGUUUUAAUUGGUGUCAGGACAAGAAUGUGGUGACCGUUUUUAGUGCCCCAAACUAUUGUUACCGUUGUGGGAAUAUGGCUGCAAUUCUUGAAAUUGGGGAGAACAUGGAGCAGAACUUCCUUCAGUUCGAUCCGGCUCCCCGGCAGAUCGAACCCGACACCACGCGCAAGACUCCAGAUUAUUUUUUGUGAACUCAGCAACUACCCGUAGUGCAUGCUUGCAACUAUGUUACUGUAGAUGUGUCGUAAGAAAAGAGUAUUGUUAUUUGAGAAUUAUUUACUUCUACACCAUUCUUUUGUUUGGAGUUUGCUCUACUCCCUACUUUGGUUAUGUGCUCAAGAUAUUUGAUGCAGAGUUAGUACCUGCAAGGAUGGAGAUGGAGUUGCCUUUUUUUUUUGCC